AAUCAAAGCAAAAGCACAAGAAGCAACAAGGGGGAAGCCAGAACCCACCUCUCUCACUCUCUUCUUGCCUUUCCCACUUGCACUCUCGUUGCCUGUUUCCUCCACUCCGAUUGAUCACUCCGUUGCCUCCUUCCCCCCUUGCCAUUCCAUCGUUCUGCUGAUUUUCCUGGAGAGCUCCAGCUGGUUGGAAUUGUGUGGCGUAGAGCGUCUUUACAUCCAGUACCAAUGACAGCCGAACGUCAAUCCAAGCAGGCCGCCAUGGAUGCUGCUUCUCGUACGACUGGCAAUCCGCGACCGGUGACACCCACAACAGUUGUCAACGACAAUCAGCACCAUCCGAGCAAGCAGAAACGAAAGAGUCAGAGAGAGUCCACCAAAGUGGCGCCAGAUCCUGCUGCCACAGGAGAAGAGCCGGCUACAGUAGAAGAAUCGGAACAUGCAGCCACGGAAUCUUCCGAAUCCAAGAAGAAGAAUGGUAGUACUACAUGUAGUAGUCCCGAUCGAUUCUCUCCAUCCUCAUCAUCAGCGUCGUAUCCUGGUGUCACGUUGAAGGACACGGUUGGUACUUUGACAGUCACUGCCGAUCGUCUAUUGUUCAAACCUCAAAACAAGGCAGACAAGGAUCACAUCUUUGCGUGGCCCUUGGAUCUUUUGCAAAAGCAUCAAAUCAGUGCCAACAAUAACGAUCAGUGUUUACUCAAACUGAUAUCUCAACAGAAUCCAACAAAAGCCGUCACAAUGACGUUUCCACAUCGCCAUUCUCUGGAAAGCAUCCAUCAAACGCUCAGCCGCCAGCUCCAACCCCUCCGCAAAUACCGCAAAGUCAAAGAGACGCUGCUCAGUACCCAACGCAAACUCAAAGAAGCCAACAAAUCCAUUGACGAGUUACAAGAUGCCAAUGAAAAACUGUUGAUUGCCUGUGAAAAGUUUGCCAAGAAAAGCAAAGCUUUGACACAAGAAUUGACACAAAAACAACUCCAGGAAAAUGCCAAACGAGUCUCGUCCACAAAAGUACAAGAAUUGGAGAACCGACUGGCAACGCUACAGAAUCAAAAUGAAAAACUACAAAAUGAAAAAACCGCCAUGCAUAUAGAAUUCGAAAUGGACAUGGAUGAUUGGAAGGAUCGCGUACGGAAUCUCGAAAAUGAUUUGGCAUUGGAACGGUCCGCCACGGAACGGUUGCUGGAAGACCGACAACCGUGGGAAGAAUUGCAGUUGGAAGUGUCGGUAUUGGCCAAACAGUUGCUUGCAGAGCGACAAGCUCACCAGCAAUUACAAGAUCGAGUCGCCAAACAAGAACGACAAGCCGAAGAGUCCUUGUGGCAAGUCCGGCGGCAACGCAACAAUGCACUCUUGGAACUGGCGCAAGUCAAAAAGGAACGAGAUGGACUCCUCCUAACGAUGCAAGAAACGAUUCAACAAAAUAGUGAGGAGUCACCACUGGAUGAGCAUAACGGCACUGAUGGUGAGGAAAGACAAGAGGAAGCUUUACCCGACAAUACGCCAUUGACCCGCUUGCGGCAAUCAACAACACUACUUUCUCCGUCUCUUGAAGUUGUUUGCCCUUACUCUAGUCAUCAUCAUGGCAUCUUGGCACUUGUGUCUCGAUGGUUGAAUAGCAAUGGAGCAAUAUUAGCAGCACCACUACCACAGAUACCUUUGUGGGAAGUCGAUGACGUCUUGAUACAGCUUGAAAUUCUUAACAUGACGAACGGUCCGGUGAAAUGGGGAGGAAGGCAAGCGCCUCUGUGGAGGUAUCCGGAGGCAGAUGUGAGUGAGGCUGUCAUAGAAGAAGAGCUAAAGAGUCAUCACUGUUUACCCGACAACACUCCAGUUGGUGCAGCGGAUCAGAACAACUCCCCCCUCUCUAACUGGUGGUGGGAUUGGCGUUUCCCCGUGACUGCUCAUCAGAGCUAUCAGCCGCAAGAGUGCCACAUGGAGCUCGAUGCGAUCAGUUUUGCAACGUCGACAAGGAAGUCCGGUUUCCGAUAUCCGCACGCUGCUGAGGACUUGGUUGCUCUGUGGAAGCCUCCGGCAAGAACUGGUUGAGAUAAGGAAUCCGUUUCCAGCGGAGGUUCAAUGCUAGUAUAUCACGGCAAUAUCCUGGAUGCAUACGUUUUUGGGAAUGGAUAAUGAAACUAAAUGUUUAGACUUGGAGUUUGAGCGAAAGGAAUCAACAUGCACAAAGAGAGUCAUCGUCGCUGGGUGCAUUGGUAUCAGGGUCAUUCUCCAUUGGCGUUUGAUUGCCGCGUGCUGGGGCUGCCCUAGCAGAAAAGUGCUGCUUCCUGGACUGGCAACUCUUUUUGGCAAACUUGCAUCGGUUUGCCGCUCUCCAGUAUGUCCUCCUUGGAUCUGGAUUUUUCUUCAUCUCCCAAGACAUCAUGUGUGUGGGUUGGUUCCUCAGAGCCAACACUGGUUUGCGCCUUGGGGCGCUCCGCUUUGUUCGCAGAGCGGAAUCGAUGAAAGAGGUAGAAUCCAGCAACAAGGAACACAAUGCCAAUGACCCCGUGCACAAUUGCCACAAUCAGAACCACAAUGUUGCCCCCAUCAUCGUCUUCUUUCUGAUCCCCAUCAUCGUAGACUUUCUGAUCGAUGGUGCAACCUGCCACAGUUUCCCCUGCACAACUAAAGGAGCUUUGUUCUCCAAAUUCCAAGCAGCCAAUGAGUCGCCCAGCGCAAAAGUUGUAGCAAUCACAAACUGCCAUGGUAACCUUGAGCAAUUGGGAGCACGCCUCGUCGGUGUUGAGAAGUGUCGCAGCACAUGUGGGAUCAGACGUGGGUGAUGGCUCAAUCACUGUGAUGCCGGCCACGCCUACCUGAACGGUUGGACUUGCAGUAACGUCACCAGGGCUCGUAGUGGGCGCUGGCGCUCCCAUGGUUCCAUCUGCUGUGCUACUAGUCGUGGCGCCCGGAGUAGCACCGGGAGUGGCCGAUGCCGUCGCUGCGGGGGUUGCUGCAGGUGUUGCUGUGAGAAGGACUGUUUGUGCAGGGCUGUUAUUGUUGGCCAGGUGUCGAAGAGCUUGUGGGUCCCCCAUCACCAGCGACGAGGCAAGCGCUAGGACGAGAAGUACGUUCAAAACAUUCCUGGUCCACAUCGUUGCCUGUUGUUUCGGUCAAGGUGUACUGUUCAAAUCUCGUUGGUUGCUUUCCUGGUUGAUAACACGUUAUUAUUGUGGGAGGAAAGUGAUAAGAGAAAGCCAUGAUGUCUCCUCGAUUGGGAACAACGAUGGGCUUUUAUGUUGCCUGGAGUUUUCACAGUUCUGAGGUGCUACUUUACGCAGCUCUUUGCAGCUCUUUAUCCAUGUUGCCGCAAGUACAGUCGUGCUGGCGCAGUGCGUGGUACUGGUAGCAGAACUGGUACCGAUCGAGGGAACCUGAGUGCAACGUAGCAGAUACUGGUACCGGUCGAGGGAACCUGAGUGCAACCAUCAAAGCUUAUUCAAAUCCCUGGUACUCAAUUAGACUCGACUCUAUAACAAAGAUCCAAUCAAAGGUUUAAUCCAACAAGAAUGCAAGAAAAUUUCCAAAACCCUGUGCGAAUCCAAUCGCGCCUCCUUUCAUCCCUUUCUUGUGUUUCUGUGCCGCUCGAGCUACAUGUACUCGCACCCCAACCACUGGAUUGGUCCAGUCAUGUGCAGGCUAGCUUCGCGCCGCAUACUCGCUGAAGAAUCAACCUGUAUAAAACGUAAAUUUACAAAACUUCUAGCACAAUGAGAAACGUAAAAUUCGAAAUACCUUGUUAUUAAGAAUCUCCGUGACGUGCUGACGCUAAUGUCUAGCAACUAGCUAGCUAGAGCUAGGUAGUCGUGCCACAGCUACAAAUAGGUUGUCCAGUACUAGUUAUCAC